AUGGGGCUAAGAACGCUUGAUGUGGGAGGAAACAAGUUAACAGGUAAUAUUCCAGCAUGGAUAGGAACUCACUUAACAAGCCUGACAGAUCUUAGCCUUCGAUUUAAUGAAUUUGAUGGAAUCAUGCCUUCCACAAUUUGCCUCCUUACCAAUAUCCAUGUCUUGGACCUUUCUAGAAACAACAUUUCAGGAAGAAUAUUGCGAUGUUUAAACAAUUUUACGGCUUUAGUCCAGAAGAAUAGUUCAAUUGAAAACGCUGGAGAGGGGAAUAGUUUUGAAGAAGAUGAUGGGUUUAUAACGCUUGACUUUUACAUCUGCAUAGCAUUUGGUUUCAUUACUGGAUUCUGGAUAGUUGUUACAACUCUAAUCCUCGAGCAUUCUUGGAGGCAUUCCUACUUCAACUGGUGGAACAACGUUGGGAACUAG